AGUAAUUAGACCGCCAGAGGGGUGCAGGGGCAAGUGUGUGAGAAUACCUUGGAGCGCGACAGGAUGAUUGGCCUGUACAACGGGUUCUUGGAGAGAAGCUCGGCAAUGGUCUUGCCCACACCACCUGUGGCACCUGCAAUGGCAAUGGUCGUCAUGUUUAUUUUUGUUGGGGGGGACUUUAAGCGGUAUCUAUUUGUGAUGACAGUCUAAUUGUGAUGACAGUCUAUUUGUGAUGAGAGUCUUGUUGUUGAUGUUCGGAGUGUGUCUCUUGGGGUUUCACCAACCGCCCUUUCUUGGGUGCCUGUCCCCUACUUAUACGUCUCCUCGGAAGCACGGGCACGCCGUUGCUCGGUGUCCGACUAUGCCGAGAUCGUGGCCCCAAGGGGCGUGCACGUUACCGGAUUUCCGCGCGGUGUUUCCAGUGUUGGGCAGGCUUGAUCACAGCCAGUCGGCACACCGUCAUGUCCGAGGGUGGAAGUGGGCGACGGAUCCGAGAUGUGGUCAGGGGCUCGGGCUGCGAAUUCCGCGCGCGCCCAUUACCCGAUUCGGAUGAGCGCGCGCCAUGUGCCAAAAAGGGGAUCAAAGCGGCGCACAUCAAUUAUCC